UGUGCAUUGACACUAUAGUUUACAGUUAGGUCUUUUGGAGUUUUAUUCAUUAAUAUGCUUUAGGAAUAUAUUUCAUUGUGAAAAGUAUCAUUGACCAGAAAUUUAAACCCCAAUGGACAGUUUGGGUAUGUACGUAAUUAUAGGUCUAGGUGUAAUAUGUAAUUCAAAUACAAUGUAUAUACUAUCUUAGAAUCUAUCAGGAUGGCAGUUGUAAUAGAAACUUCAGAUGGUGCAUUUAUUGAUCAUGCUAAAGCACUUGAGAAAGUCUACAACAAAGUCCAAAUCAAUACGCAGACUGUUGGCUCGUGCAGUUUGAUUUCAGACCUGUUUGACAUUCAUGAACCUUACAAAAUGGACUCCCAGGUUUUGGCAGAACAAACCUCAAAAGAAAAGGGUGUACCACAGCGCAAGAGAAAGAGAAAAAGAAAGUCAGAGCUUAACAUAGGAGAGAUUGAGGCCAAGAAGUACCAUUCACAAAUUGUCCAGAGGGUGACAGAUGUCCACAGGAAACUAACUGACAAAGCUAGAGCAAUGGGAAUCAUUCGGGAUAAAAGUGAAUUUGUCAGUUCUCUUGCAAGGAAAGACGUGCAGGAUAAAGAGGAUUCAGAGACAGGCAAUGAAGUAUCAGGGCCUGAAGUGUUGGACAAUAACAUAGCAGCAAGAGGUGCGGCUAGUAUAAGGGGAGGAGACACUUCUCUAAUUGAUGUCUGUCAAACAGAGGCUCCGCUCACUGACUGCCAGCCGCCAGUCAUGGAAAUGACUGAACAAAUGAAGUUGUCAGAUUGUGUGAACAGAGUUAUCAGGAAUAACUGGAGCAUCCCCAGGCUUUGUCAUUUUGACUCAGAGACUUACAUUGUACCCCACAAGUCUACUUUCCUCCUGUCUGAUUUCAACCACCUCCAAAACAUUUACCCCACAUCUGAUGAAGAGAAAUAUGAUCUGAUUGUGCUAGACCCACCAUGGCAGAACAAGUCAGUGAAGAGGAAAAAAAUGUAUGGCAGUCUGAGAGAUGAGGACCUACUGAGUAUUUGUAUGAAGAAGCUGGCAGCUCCAGGUUGUUUGGUGGUUGUCUGGGUAACCAACAGAAUGAAGCACCUCGAGUUUGUCAAGGAAACUCUCUUCCCAAAGUGGUCAGUCACACAUGUGGCAGAAUGGCAUUGGUUAAAGGUUACCAAGUAUGGUGAGAUGAUUUAUGACAUAAACUCUGAUCACAAGAAGCCGUACGAAAUAAUACUACUUGGAAGAUACAAUGAACCACAACAGCCCAAGCUUUGCAUGGGGCAAAGGAAUUCAAGUGAAAAACCAACCAAGGAAAAUAAAGAGGAAAAUACCAGCAGAAGUGAUUCUGCCAGUGUUAAAAUUUCAUGUGUAAAAACUGAUACAGAGGAAAAAGAAAUAGUGACUGAGAGUGGUGGAUCCUUGGUGGUGGGGAUUCCUCAAGAUAGUGGAUCAAAGGAACUCUCCAGUGUUUACAAAAAGAAAGGGGAAGAUUUGGAGGCGUUUCCUGAUAGUCGAGUCAUAAUCAGUGUUCCCUGUGCUCUACACUCUGUUAAACCUCCACUAUUUGAGGUUCUCAAGAAGUACUUAAAAGAAAACCCAAGAUGCUUGGAGUUGUUUGCAAGGAAUUUAUGGCCACAUUGGACAAGCUGGGGAAAUGAGGUACUCCUUCAUCAACACAUGGACUUUUAUGAAUUCAAAUAAAGGUAUGUAAGACA